AUGAGCUAUAGUUUGGGAGCUCGCCUGUCCCGUAUACGUGUUGGUGCAUCUCUAAUCCAAUGUCAUCACCCAAUGCACAAGCUGACGCAAACAAACUCCUUCCAUUCCAGUAUCAGUCUUGGAAGUGGCCAUAACAAGUGGUCAAAGAUAAGACAUCAGAAGGGCGACAAUGACUUUCAAAAAUCUCAAAUACUGGGUCGAAUCUCAAAACAGAUAACAGCUUCCAUUCGUGCUGCCAAAGGAAACACUGAUCCGAAAACCAACAUCUUGCUUGCAUCAGCUAUAUACCUGGCAAAGAAGGCAAAUGUGCCGAAACUCAAUAUCGAAAACGCUAUAAAACGAGCUUCAGGACCAUCUGAUGAAGCGGAGCCCGAAUAUGUCGUGUAUGAAGGACUCGGAAAGAACAGUGUUGCUAUAUUGGUCGAAGCUCUGACUAGCAAUAGGAAGCGAACGAUGAUGUUUGUGCGCUUAGCAUUCAAAGACUAUGGCAAUGGAUAUGGGAAUGUUGCAUACAUGUUUGCUAAAAAGGGCAGAAUACUCUUCACAGAACCAUCAACCACAAUGACACCAGAAGAACUAUUCGAUAAAGCCACAAACGAUUGUAUAGAAUCCGAUCUGAUUGAAGAUUUAGAGCCUGGAGAAGAUGAUGGAACAGUUGCAGCUAUAUGUGAUUUCAACAAUUUCAUCUUGGUUAAACAAUUCCUUGAAUCAAAACAGUAUGAAGUGAAGGAGUUUGAAGGGGUGUAUAUACCGAACUCUGAGAGUAUGGUUGAUAUCGCUGAUACGAAAGAGUUGGAAGUGCUGCUCGACAAGUUAGAGGGGCUAGAUGAUGUGGUGGCCGUGUAUCAUAAUGCUAGGAUACCAGAGACGUGA